UCCUCUGCGCCCCCCCUGGGCGAGGGUGGAAGGGGAAAGACGCCCAGUGGAGUUGGGUAAAAUCUGUGGUUCGUCCUGUGCAGUGCUAAAAGGUCGUCUGUGCGAAAACAUCAUGAAUCAUGUUCUGUGCUCCUCUGAGGCUCUGCCUCUGCAGCGUUUUUCUGGCACAGCUGUGCGAGUUGGGGAUGUGAAGCGAGAAUCCUUGAUCAAAGCAGCUGUGCCAUCAGAUACUUUGGAGCAUCCUAACAUGGUGUGGGAAGUGAAGACAAAUCAGAUGCCUAAUGCAGUUCAAAAACUCCUUCUGGUAGUGGACAAAAGAACUUCAGGGAUGAACGAGUCACUGGAGUUGCUGAAGUGUAAUGAAAACCUUCCUUCUUCUCCUGGAUAUGCAUCCUGUGAUGAACACAUGGAACUUGAUGAUCUUCCUGAGCUACAGGCUGUGCAGACAGAUUCUACCCCACCUGCACUUUUUCAGCUUGGUGCUGAUGUUUCACAUCAGGAGUGUUCAAGACCUUCGUGGAACCAACAUACCUCAAACAGUAAUUCAGAAAGUGCUUAUUCUUGUGAGAAUGGUGUGAACUGGUUGACAGAACUAGCAAAUAUAGCCACAAGUCCACAAAGUCCUUUGAUGCAGUGCUCCUUUUAUAACAGAUCAUCUCCUGUUCACAUAAUAGCUACAAGCAAAAGUUUACAUUCCUAUGCACGUCCUCCACCAGGAUCCUCAAAGAAUGAUCCUAACCUCUCCAAGAAUGAUUUGGAUGAAACACCAGUCAGACACGAAAGGGUGAAUAGUGAAUCAGAAUCUGGCAUUUUCUGCAUGUCAUCACUUUCAGAUGAUGAUGAUUUAGGAUGGUGCCAUUCCUGGCCCUCAACUGUUUGGCAUUGUUUUCUGAAAGGCUCUCGCCUGUGCUUUCACAAAGGACACAAUAAUGAAUGGCAGGAUGUUGAGGAUUUUGCAAGAUCUGAAAGCGGUGGAAAAGAGGAAAAUCUCCCAGAGAGUCCUUACAAGGGAUAUGGUUCUGAUGGUUUGAAGUUGAUUUCUCAUGAAGAAAGCGUUUCCUUUGGUGAGUCAGUGCUAAAGCUGACUUUUGACCCUGGCACAGUGGAAGAUGGCUUGCUCACAGUAGAAUGCAGACUUGAUCAUCCUUUUUAUGUUAAAAAUAAAGGUUGGUCAUCUUUUUAUCCAAGCUUGACUGUGGUACAGCAUGGCAUUCCAUGCUGUGAAAUGCAUCUUGGAGAUCUGUGUCUACCUCCUGGACACCCUGAUGCCAUUAACUUUGAUGAUUCAGGUGUUUUUGAUACAUUUAAAAGCUAUGAUUUUACACCAAUGGAUUCCUCUGCAGUUUAUGUGCUAAGCAGCAUGGCUCGCCAGCGUCGCGCUUCUCUAUCUUGUGGAGGAUCAAACCACCAAGAUACUGAGAGAUCAGAAUGCAGUAGUAAAAACUGUGCGUCUACUGCAUCGUCUCAGCUUUCCUCCAAUUCUUUGUGCAGCAAAGCUGGCAAAAGCCACAGCUCAGGGACUGCAAGUACUGUGAGUGCCACUUCUCCAAACAAGUGCAAAAGACCAAUGAAUGCCUUCAUGCUUUUUGCCAAAAAGUACAGAGUUGAAUAUACUCAGAUGUAUCCAGGGAAAGACAACAGAGCCAUAAGUGUGAUACUUGGUGACAGGUGGAAGAAAAUGAAAAACGAAGAAAGACGGAUGUACACACUAGAAGCCAAGGCCUUGGCAGAGGAACAGAAGCGUUUGAAUCCUGACUGUUGGAAACGAAAACGAACAAAUUCGGGAUCACAACAGCAUUAAGCCAGAAUUUUCCUGUUAACUCUGCAUUUGCAAAAUGGCUGUUGCUUGAUGGCAAGAAGAUGCAGUAUCAAGGUCUUACUAUUUGUUGUGACUUUGUGUGACCAUAAAAUACUGGCACCGUCAAGUCGGAAAUGAUCUAAUAUGAGUGCAGAUUUGCUUUUUGCAAUAGAACAUUAAGUAAGCUGAAACUAUCAACAUUUUAAACCAAAUUGCCUUAUUUUUUUCUUCCAAACUUCAUAUAUGUAUCAGGUAAUAUAGGCUUGAAAAUGGAUAUCCUGUGGUGCUACAGUACUUUAGAAGAGGCAAAGGAGAUGUGUAAAAAUGUUUAUUUUUAAAAGAAAAUGUACAAAACCGGGAAUUUUAAAAUACAUAACAGCUGUUUAUGUACAUUGAUUCUUAUUGCUGAUUAAUAUGUAUUGCACAACCAUAUUACUUUCUGGUUUUUCUCAAAUGGCAAAGUGUAUUAUCAGCCUCUGCUUCCCAGCGCUGCCACUAAGUUACCCAAAUGUGUGGAAAAAGGAGAGCCUAGUCUAAUGUAGCUGUGGAGUUGCUUCCGGGACUGCCAUGUAUCCAAUGUGUAUCCUUAAGUGAGAUCUCUUUGCACCAGCUGGCACUAGUGAGAGCUGUUACUUUUGGUGGAAACAAUGGCCCAGGACAGGAUGAAACAAGUAGGUAGCAUUAUCUCAAGAAAAAUGGUGCUGUUGAUACUGCCACCAUCGUAGUUUUAACUCUGUGUUUUGUCUUUGCCACAUACUCUACAAUAUUUUAUUUUGCCAUAAGACAUCUUUACGGUGGGGGCAAACUUUGCACUUAACUCUUCGUGCAACACUUGCACUUUUCCUCUGUCUAAAACGAGAGCAGCUGCGUUAGGUUGUCGAUGGCUUCUGCUGUGACCUUCACAAUCAUGGCUUUUCCACAGCUCUGUGUUUCUUUCUUCUUUUUUUAAGAAUCACAACUGUAAAUUUCAGUCUGUGACACGUCUACAUGGUGUUGCCCCCCGAGAUUUUUGCACACUAUAUUCUUGUAUAUUAUUACAAAUAAAUUCAUUAAAAUUU